AUGGCCGUCUCCAUAGUCAAUUAUCCACAAACCAGUGAAGCAUCGAACUUAGUAUCAUUAACGGAUGAAAAAAUUUCUUUAUCAAGUUUCCUUCCUCCACAUGCUCAACAAGCUUUACCACGACUUCCUAUCUUUGAAACUGUUGCCGUUUUACCGCAGCACCAAACUGGAAAGGGAGCGAAUAAAAGUAUUCAUUCUUUUAAUAACCUUUACCACGACUUUAAAAAUCCCAAUUCUUUUCCACGUUUCGUACCGCGAAACUCAUCCUCCACUAAUCGACAUAGUAUGUAUUGUGGUGACUUUCCUUCACAUUUACAACAUCAAAUAACCCGUAGCAAUAGUAGCAAUAAGUCACCUAAAAUGCGAAGAAGAGCAGCUAGUUUUGGUGAAAAUUCAGUCGUACAUAAUAAUAUUAUUAAUAAUUCAACUACAAAGUCAUUAAACAAGAAAUCUUUUACCCCAUUAAUCAUUAAUGUACCUUCAAAGACGGAUAUAAUUAGAUCGCCGAAGUCCUCUCCAAAAGAAAAUUCAUCGCCAAAAAAUUCACCAAAGUCUUCAACAAUGCAACAACAUAUAGAAGUAAAGCAAGAAAUAUUGGAUAUUAAUAAAAUACAAAAAAUUGAAACAAUUGAAAAAGAUGAAAGUCAUGGGCGUACCUUUUCAACUGAUUCCAUUCAGAACAGUGAAAACCUUAUUGAAAAUCCCCAAUCAAACAAUAGUUCCAAUUUGCAAAAUUCACAAUCAAAACCAAAUAAUCGAGGAUUUUUUCGACACACAAUUAUAUUAAAUAAUAAUGCUAGUGGUUCAAGUACUGAACUCAGAAAAUCCAUACAUAAAGAACCAUCAUUUACAAAAAAAUUAAGAAAGGUUUUUAGUUUAAGCAAUAUUAGACAAGAUGACCAUAAUUCUAAUAGUAAGACAUCUGUCCCUUCAUCAACUGCUAAUUCUAGACCUUCUUCACCCGUCUUUAAUCAUAGAUUUUCUUCGCUUCGAGGAAAAAAAUAUCACCUUUGCAAUUUAAAUGGUGACGAUAAUUCUUCAUCUAAUAACAAUGAUAAAGAUGAUGAUACAUCAGAAUCAUCAACUUCAUCUAACGGUAAUAUUCUUGCCACUACAAAAGAUUUUAACAGCAACAACAAAUCUCGUCGUCGAACAUUUGAUUUUCAAUCAUUAUUUUCCAAAAACGAAAAUAAACGUAACAAGAAAGAUCGUCAAAAUAACCAACAACAGCGUCAUAAAUCAAAACUUGAACAAUCAUUUUCAUAUCAUCAAAUUCAGGUUAAUGAAAGGGAUGAUUCUUUGAAUGAAGUGCAACCGAUUGGGAACGAAAACGGAAACGGAAACAAACAAGUGAGCGACGAUUCUGCACCUAUUCCUCCACGAGCUUCAUCAUUACAGUCCUUGAAUGAUCAACAAGCUUCAUCAAAUAAGGUCCAUCAUCAAAAUUCUACCUCACCUCUUCAAAAUCCAUUUCGUGUAAAGAAAUCAGAAAACCAUGGUGAAGAACAAAAUAACAAUUCCCCGGUAUCAUCAUCAUUACAACCACCACCUUCACGUGACAUUAAACGACCAUCAUCGUUACCAGCGACUGCAAAGAAUCAAGUACCUUCACUUAUUUCUCCAACUCCAAGACGAUUAAGCGUUCCUGUUCCUCUCAAUUCAAAUGCUUCUCGUUCUGAUCCUUCUCUAGUCGUGGUUAGGGAUAUUGAUGUAUCACCCGCACCUUCCACACCUACCGCGAAGAAACUUCAAUUUUCCUCGUCUAUUCUUGUUCAUGAAACUUGGACACGCGAAGAUUAUGAUCGACGUGGUGACCAGUCUACUUGUAACAAAUUAACUUCAAUUCUUGCACAAAGAAUUAAACAAGAAUUAAAUGAGUACAAAAUGUCUGAAAUGCAGGUUCAUGAAGAUAGUAAGCAUAAUACUCACUUCUUUUCCUAA